CAUCCCUCCGUUCUUCUUUUCUUAUUCUCUCCUUCUCCUCUUUCAUCUUCUCUUCUUUCACCUUCACCUCACCCACGACAGAUAGCGAUAUCAAACAAGUAUUAUAACACAACCAACAUCUAGUUCAAUGGCACACGUGAUGGAACACCCGGACACUACAAACCCAACGGCUUUCGACCCGUACUCAGCAAACGAUAUAUUCCUCCUGACAAGCUUGACCUCGGGGUCCUCCGCUAUCAUCACGGCAACUAGUCGUCUUGAGCACCUUCUCAAGUCACAUAAGAUUCCAUUCAAGCCAGUUGAUCUGGCCACAGAUGCGCGUGCCCGCCGGAUCUGGUCUAGCAAGGGGAACGGCCGUAGACUACCUGGUGUAGCUAGAGACGGGGAGAUCUUGGGUAACUUUGAAGAACUGGAGGAAUGGAACGAGUACGGAGAGCUCAAGCAGAGGCUUGGGAUCAAGAAGACCAAAAAGAAGAAGAAGAAGGCUGAUGGCGAGAAUAAAGAGAAGGAGAAGAAUGUUAUGGACGGGAGCACAAGCGGGCCAGCUGCUAUGGUUGGGUCAAAGCCAAAUGCUGAAGUUAUGGUUACCCCUGACGGCAGUGCUGGGGGCAGUGGUGCCGCUGUUGCUGCUGCUGCCGCUGCGGUCGCGGCGGGCAUGAAGAAGGGUAAGGGGUUGAAGAGUGCUGUCGAGGGAGUCGAGGGUAAGAGAGAGACAAGGCCAGUCGUCGAAAUUAGGGGUGACCUCGACGUUGAGGUUGAAACUGCGGUUGGUGGUGGGGAGUCUAUAGAAAAGGGGAAGGAGGUCGCCAAGGAGGAUAUCAGGGCGGAAGUACCUGUUCAGGUAGCUGAACCCGUUGCCGAAGAAACUGUUUCUAAAGAAAAGAUUGCUGAGCAGAAGGAAGAACUAAAGCCUGAGCUUACUAUCGCCGAAGAGAAGGUCCUCGGGAAGGGGGAGCUGAAACUGGAGCUUGAGGAAGCUGCUGAGGGGGAGGGGUUGAAGCUUGAGCUCAAGGAAGCUACCGAGAAGGACGUGCUAAAGUCCGAAUCUAUUGCUAAGGAGAAGUUCAUUGAGAAUGUUGGUCCAGAGCCAGCGACUGAAGAAGUUGUCGAGAAAGCAGAACCCGGAGUCGAGACUGUUUCGGGAGUGGAAGUUAUCGCGAAAGAAAACCCAAUAAUAACGGAGACUUUCCCCGAAGAGAAAGUUGUUGGAAAAGACGGACCAAAGCCGGAAGCUGAGAAGCCUGUCAAAACCAGAGAACUAAAGACGCCCGGGGAACCAGAGACGACCGAAGAAUCAAUGGCUCAACCUAAGAAAGUCAAAGAGGUCGCCACUGGAAGACAUGAAACUAUCAGCGAACCUGAGGAGGAGAAGGUUCUUGAAAAGGGGGAACCAAUCACAGAGACCAAGCUUGGAGAAAACCCUGCCGAAUCCGGGGAAGAGGAUGUGGAGCCUGAGCCCGAGGAGAGAGUCGAACCUAAGGGAGAGAACAUCGGGGCUGAAGAAGUCAAGGAGGAAACCGAGCCUAAACCUGUUGCAAAGGUUGAGGGAACCAAAGAGGAAGUGAAGGCCUUGGGGUCCGAGGAGAAGGUCGGGGGGGCUAAGGAAGUGGGGGCCUCGGACCCUGAGCCGGAGAAGAUAACUAUCGAAGAAGCCAAGGAGGUUGUGGUCCCUGAGCCUGCCGAGCCGAAAGUCGAGGAGGCCGAACUGGAGAUUGUGGCUGUGGCUGAGGAGUCGAAGGUAGAAGAGAUCGAGGACCAGAAGCCUAUCAAGGAAAUCAAGGAGGAGGAGAAGCCCGCUGGGACUGAAAAGCAUAAGGUUAAGGAAACUAAAAAGGAGAAAGCUCCUGGGCAGUCAGGGCCUAAGGAAGUCAGGGUCGGGGCCAAGACUUCAAAGUCCCCGACACUAAAGGAAGAACCCGCUUUCUCGAAGUCUACAGCAUCUGAACCAGUCGAAACGACACUAAUCCCUACCGAGACCCCAAAGCCAGCCGAAGCAUCAAAGGCUGCCGAACCGCAAAGACCCAGAUCUGAGCCCACCGACACACCUACCCUGGAUUCCCCUCGACCCAAAGAAAAGUCGGCAAUAGAAAUAACAGAACAAGCCCUUGAGAAGGGUAAGUCCACACCCCCCACCCUCACAGAAACCGCAAUCCAAAAAAAACCUCUCCCUAUAAUGAACUCACUGAAGACAUUACCCUUUCUUCAAGAUACCAAUUCUCCUACUCUUUCCCCGCGGUGCGAUCCCAAGAGUGAAAAAAAAAAGUUACCAAAUUGGAAAAUGGAUGAACCAUAAUUACACAUAAAAAGGAACCCCCACUAAUUUUUGAAAACGCCUUCCCGCAUUUGGGAAUUUUUUCUGUUUUGCAAAAUUAUAAAGGCAACCCACGCAGGACCAGAUUUAGGAAGGGACUUUUGCGAAUCCUUAGGAUCAAAAUACACACUUAUCGGACAACCAGAGGGAGGAGUUUGUACGUUGCCAGAAGGCAGAGUUAUCGGAGUCAGUAAGGUAGGUGCGGGCAAUGGUACGUUUGGGGAGGACUCUGGGGGGGUGUAGGAUAGUUAAUACGAGAUGGAAGGAGGGAGAGGGGGGGAGGUGUAGGAUAAUAGUUGGCGGUAUGGCGGUGGGAACGGCGCAUGGCAUAGGAUUAUGGGAUGAGAUAGAAAGGGAAGAUACACUUUCUAGUGGCUGGUCUAGGUCUCUCCUUUAUUUUAGCUUUUACUUAACUCUGUUCUCACUUUACACUAUAUCUUAACAUUUUUCAAUUUUCUUUCCCCCUCUCUUCUCUUGACUGCAGCAGGCAAGCACCUAAGCAUACCAUACCCAAAUUUCUCCUAGUUUCUUACAAGUAUUUAUUUAUUCGCUCUGAUUCAAUUCCAACAAUAAUAUCAACCCAAC